AUGACUCCGCCGCCACCCCAGCCACCGCCCUCAGGCCCGAACCCCGUCGCAGACUCCGCUGCCGACCCCCGUCCCGGGCCUGGACCCCUGGUCGUACUGUUCGGGGCCACGGCGGGUGCGCUGGGGCAGGACCUGGGCUCCGACGAGACCGACUUAAUCCUCCUAGUCUGGCAAGUGGUGGAGCCGCGGAGCCGCCAGGUGGGGACAUUGCAUAAGUCGCUGGUGCGCGCCGAGGCGGCCUCACUGAGCCCGCAGUGCCGCGAGGCGAGCGGCCUGAGCGCCGACAGCCUGGCGCGGGCCGAGCCGCUGGACAAGGUGCUGCAGCAGUUCUCACAGCUGGUGAGCGGGGAUGUGGCUUUGCUGGGCGGGGGCCCCUACAUGCUCUGCACUGAUGGGCAGCAGCUGCUGCGACAGGUCCUGCACCCUGAGGCCUCCAGGAAGAACCUGGUGCUCCCCGACACCUUCUUCUCCUUCUACGACCUCCGCAGAGAGUUCCACGUGCAGCACCCGAGCACCCGCCCUGCCAGGGACCUCACUGUGGCCACCAUGGCACAGGACUUGGGGCUGGAGACAGAUGCCACAGAGGACGAUUUUGGCGUGUGGGAGGUGAAGACAAUGGUAGCUGUCAUCCUCCACCUGCUUGAUGGACCCAGCGGUCAACUGUUUUCGAAGCCCGAAGUGGUAAAGCAGAAAUAUGAGACAGGGCCUUGCAGCAAGGCCGACGUGGUGGACAGCGAGACUGUGGUUCGGGCUCGUGGGCUGCCCUGGCAGUCAUCAGACCAGGAUGUGGCUAGAUUCUUCAAAGGGCUCAAUAUUGCCAGGGGUGGUGUAGCACUGUGCCUCAACGCCCAGGGCCGCAGAAAUGGUGAGGCCCUCAUCCGUUUUGUGGACAGCGAGCAGCGGGACCUAGCACUGCAGAGACACAAGCACCACAUGGGUGUCCGCUAUAUUGAGGUAUAUAAAGCAACAGGAGAGGAGUUUGUAAAGAUCGCAGGGGGCACUUCACUAGAGGUGGCUCGUUUCCUGUCACGGGAAGACCAAGUGAUCCUGCGGCUGCGGGGACUGCCCUUCUCGGCUGGGCCAGCAGAUGUGCUAGGCUUCCUGGGGCCAGAGUGCCCAGUGACUGGGGGUGCCGAUGGGCUGCUCUUUGUGCGCCACCCUGACGGCCGGCCCACUGGUGAUGCCUUUGCCCUCUUCGCCUGUGAGGAGCUGGCACAGGCUGCAUUACGCAGGCAUAAGGGCACGCUGGGUAAGCGAUACAUUGAACUCUUCCGGAGCACUGCAGCCGAGGUGCAGCAGGUCCUGAACCGCUAUGCCUCCAGCCCACUCCUUCCCACACUGACUGCUCCACUGCUGCCCAUCCCCUUCCCACUGGCAGCUGGGACCGGGAGAGACUGUGUACGCCUUCGAGGCCUGCCCUACACAGCCACCAUCGAAGACAUCCUAAGCUUUCUGGGGGAGGCAGCGGCUGACAUUCGGCCCCACGGUGUGCACAUGGUACUCAACCAGCAGGGCCGGCCAUCGGGUGAUGCCUUCAUCCAGAUGACAUCAGCAGAGCGGGCCCUAGCUGCUGCUCAGCGUUGCCAUAAGAAAGCAAUGAAGGAACGCUAUGUGGAGGUGGUCCCCUGCUCCACAGAGGAGAUGAGCCAUGUCCUGAUGGGGGGCACCUUGGGCCGCAGUGGCAUGUCCCCUCCACCCUGCAAGCUGCCCUGCCUCUCUCCGCCCACCUACGCCACCUUCCAGGCCACCCCAACACUCAUUCCCACCGAGACAGCAGCUGUGUAUCCCUCUUCAGCACUGCUCCCAGCUGCCAGGGUGCCCGCUGCCCCCACCCCGGUUGCCUACUACCCAGGGCCAGCCACUCAACUCUACAUGAACUACACAGCUUACUACCCCAGCCCCCCAGUCUCCCCCACCACUGUGGGCUACCUCACCACGCCCCCUGCUGCCCUGGCCUCUGCUCCCACCUCAGUGUUGUCCCAGCCAGGAGCCCUGGUCCGUAUGCAGGGUGUCCCAUACACAGCUGGUAUGAAGGAUCUGCUCAGCAUCUUCCAGGCCUACCAGCUAGCCCCUGAUGACUACACCAGUCUGAUGCCUGUUGGUGACCCACCUCGCACUGUGCUACAGGCCCCCAAAGAAUGGGUGUGUUUGUAG